UUGUCGCCCCCAACUUCUUGUUAAUUCUUAUGCUAACUCAGCGGCGAGUUAGUCCCUUCAUUCUGCAUACAUAGUUUUUAAAACCAAAGAUAUUGAGGCUUGUAUAUCGGUAAUUAGCAGUAUUAGUAGUCGCGAGCAUGGGAAGAUCUCCGCUGGUCACAGCAGCAAAGUUGUUGCUGUGGCUAUGUAGUGCAGGGGUUGUUUUCGGUGAAGACCCUUAUAUUUUUAUGGAUUGGGAUGUCAAGUAUGGCACCAUGGCUUUAUUGGGUGUUCCGCAACAAGUUAUUCUAAUCAAUGGUCAGUUCCCUGGUCCUAAAAUUAACUGCACUUCCAAUAAUAACCUUGUUAUCAACGUCUUCAACCAUAUAGAUGAGCCUCUUCUUUUUACAUUUGCUGGCGUUCAGCACAGAAAGAACUCGUGGCAGGAUGGUAUGCCGGGUACGAUGUGCCCCAUUUUGCCGGGCACAAACUUCACCUACAAAAUGCAGGUGAAGGAUCAAAUAGGAAGCUACGUCUACUUCCCCACCACCGGCAUGCUCAGGGCUUCAGGGGGAAUCGGUCCCCUGAGUAUUCAGAGCCGUGAGCUUAUACCGGUUCCUUUUGAUAAACCUGCCCAAGAGUUCGAUGUAAUUGCUGGGGAUUGGUAUAAUAGGGGACACAAGGCCCUUAAGACAAUCUUGGAUGCAGGACGGUCUGUGGGGAAGCCUGAUGGAAUCCAGAUCAACGGAAAAUCUGCUAGACCUGGUGAGCCUGCGGAGCCUAUGUUCACAAUGGAAACAGGGAAAACAUACAGAUACAGAAUGUGCAACGUGGGGAUGAGAACCUCUCUUAAUUUCCGGUUCCAGGAACAUUCCAUGAAGCUUGUCGAAAUUGAGGGCUCUCACACUGUGCAAAACAUGUACGAUAGCCUCGACAUCCAUGUCGGGCAAUGUAUGUCCGUCCUGAUAACCGCUGACAAGACGCCGAAAGAUUAUUACCUAAUCGUUUCCUCCCGUUUCAUAAAGCAAACCAUGACCACCGUUGCCAUCGUCCGUUACGCCAAUGGCAACGGACCGCCCUCCCCAGAGAUGCCACCAGGGCCAGAAGAGACGAAAGUCGGAAUCAGCCUGUCUAUGAACCAAUUCCGCUCUUUCAGAUGGAACCUCACAGCCAGCGCGGCCCGUCCUAAUCCGCAAGGCUCAUACCAUUACGGAGGAAUCAACAUUACCCGCACCAUCAAGCUUGUCAACAGCAGGGGAAAUGUCAAUGGGAAGCUCCGCUUCGGCCUCAACGGUGUCUCCCACAUCGACAAGGAAACUCCAGUGAAACUUGCAGAGUACUUUGGCAAAGCAGACUCUGUUUUCAAAUACGAUACAAUCAAAGAUGAACCUCCACAAGACAACAAGCCCUUGAUCAUAGAAACAAACGUUGUCAACGCCACAUACCGUAACUUCAUUGAAAUCAUAUUCGAGAAUCACGAGAAAACAAUCCAAGGAUACCACUUAGACGGGUUCUCAUUCUUCGCGGUUGGAAUGGAAAGGGGGGAAUGGUCACCCGAUAAGCGGAGGUUCUACAAUUUAAUAGAUGCCGUGAGCCGGCACACGAUCCACGUGUUCCCGAACUCAUGGUCAGCAGUGAUGACAACUCUCGACAAUGCCGGAAUGUGGAACUUACGGUCCGACAUGUGGGAGAGAUUCUACUUAGGACAGCAACUAUACUUCAGUGUUCUGUCACCAGAGCGGUCACUCAAGGAUGAGUAUAACAUUCCGGACAAUGCCAUCAAGUGUGGCAUUGUCAAGGACUUGCCUUCGCCAGCUCCUUACGUUAUUUAAACUACUCGGAUUAGAUUUUCUUCAGGUAAUUAACUACAAGUACGUGUACAGCCUGACUCAGAUUAGAUUUAUAAGAAGGUGUUUGUGAAAUAGCGCUGAGGAACUUGUGAUAUAGAGAUCUUUUGUUUUUUUUUUAGUUUGUUAGGGGCAUGUCUUACUUUAGAAGAUUUGUUUGUAAAAGUAUUUAUAAACGAAGUAAUUUAGUCCUUUUUCUUCA